CGGUCACACUGGCAGGUGUAUUCGAACAAAAUAACACAUUUUGUCAAAAGCAGGAUAUUUAUCUGAAAUAUAUAGAUGACCCGGCGUCAUGUCCACUACACAACGUCAGAAACAAUUCGACAAGAACCGCAGCCGUGCGACUAACACAGCCAGCGGCAGCAGUGGUCCCAGUAACAACAGCAACGCGAAAAAUGUGGUUUCCCAGAAUCAGCGCAAGCUUCAAACUUCCAUGGAACGCCUGCAGGUGCAACAGGCCAACACAAGUCGCCGGGCGGCCGGCUCCAACUGGAUGGCCGCCGCUGGAGGAGCAGCUGCCGGAAGCGAGAACCAGGAGGCGAGUGCGGAGUCGACGCCACUGACGAAAUCGGCACGCAUGCGCAUCAAAAAGAAGGCUCAGCGCAAUCGCUACUUGGCCAUGGACUGCGAGAUGGUGGGUGUGGGACACAACGGACAGGACGACAUGCUGGCCCGCGUGUCUAUCGUGAAUCGCGUGGGCCAUGUGCUACUGGACAAGCAUGUAAAGCCGCGCAUGGAGGUCACCGACUACCGCACCAGCGUCUCGGGCAUUCGUCCGCAGGACAUCGCCAACGGUGAGGAGUUCGACGCCGUGCAGAACGAGGUGGUCAAACUGCUGCACGGCCGCAUCCUGGUCGGACACGCCCUGGGCAACGAUCUAGCCGUCCUGAGCAUCCGCCAUCCGUUCGACGAUAUCCGCGACACGUCGCGCUACAAGCCGCUCUGCAAACUCGUCUCAAAUGGCCACACGCCCAGCCUUAAGCGCCUGACCAUGGCCGUCCUGGGCCAGGAGAUCCAGACAGGCGAGCACAACUCUGUGGAGGAUGCACGCGCCGCCAUGGGAAUUUACAAUCGCAUCGCCGCCGACUGGGAGAAGUACCUGGAGAAGAAGCGGCACCAGCAGCAGCACUACUAGCUGCCCAAUCGGGGAGCCCCACUGCACUCAGGGGAAGAAAUGCGGUAGCCUUAAGUUAUUUGUAUACACGAGUUUCACAUACUGGAAACUGUUGUUUAAUUCUAUAAAACGUUACAACCUAA